GUAUUGUACAGUUAGUUAGUAGAUAAUAAUUCAAUGUUUAAUGCAUAUGUACCUAUUAUUGACACAUGAGUUGAAAAUUAUUUUGUGACUUGACUCGGUGUGUAACAUCGUCGUAAUUAAAUAUCGCAGUGUAAUUCUGUUUGAUUAAUGCUUAAAAAACCUAAAACCAUCCAGUAAUUGGGAUUUAAUUUGAUUUAGAUAUCGACUUCAGCUGGGGCAGCGUAACAUCGAAGGUCACCUUGCAUCAAUUUCUAGACGCUAUUAACUAACCCACUCGGAUGAAAAUGGAAGAAGAACUUCUUUACAUAAAACAUGAGACGUGUCACGGGGCCCUGUUAAGUUUGGGGAGAACCCGCGCCACGAGUGGGUGUGGGGCUUGGGCUUGUUUGUGUAGUUCCAUUGAAUGGGAGCAGGACGCCGUAAUUCUUAAUAAUGCUGGUCAAAAGUGCACGAUUGGAUCUGGCCAAAAUUUGAAUAGCUUCAAUCCGGAAAAACAUGGAGAGUUUCUCACAUUUCCGAACAAAGCGGACAUUGCUGAUCAACAUUUCCAAAUUGAAUGUGAUCCAUAUGGAUCAUUUUGUCUGCGUAGAUUCGGAUGGCAAAAUAUUUUUCUCAAUGGAUAUCUAAUUCAAAACUACCCAGUCGAGUUGGAGUUUGGAGAUAUUUUUUACUUUUCGCCAAUUUUUCCACAAUGUUGGGACUCAUUCUUAAUUCCCAUCGUCAAGAAUAAAGACUGGAAGAGGUUAUUGUAUCGUAAAAAUCGAGCGGGAAAAGAAUACGUCGUAUUCAAAUUUGCGAGACUGGGGCUAGGCCACCGAGUAAAGCGCAAGUUAGAUUUUUAUAAUCAAUCGUCACCAACUUAUCCGGCCAUUUUUGAAAACCAUGUCAUCCUCACAAACAUAUUUGAGCACGUGGUCAAUACAAAAAUUUCAUGGAAACAAGCCGACCUCUUGAGCUGUCGCCUCGUCUCGAAAACAUGGAACGACUCGGCUCGACUCGUCCUACAGAAAAAUUUCGUCAUGAAAUUUCGCAUAAUUACAGACGGACUGAUCACUAACCCCAACUACCUCUGGAAGAAAUUUUACUCGAAAAUACAACACAUGAAUGAGCUGAAAUUUGACGCGAUGAAUAUUGAAAUCUCGCAAAUGAAUGCCAUUUGGACCACUAUUCAUGCUUUAGACUUGGACAUAGAAGUAAUAAAAUUCAACCAGGAUUUCUCACAGUUUAUAAACCAAUCAAAUUUCCACCCUCUCAAAGUUCUCACCAUGAAUAUAGAGUAUUUGCCACCUACUUCUGUCCUUCUCUCUAAAUUUUGCCAUUCCCUGGAAGAAAUCGACAUCCUGCUUAACAUGAGUUGGAUUAAUGAUGAAAAACCCUUAAAUAAAUCAAUAUUUCCGGAAGAUCUUAUCUUUCCAAACUUGAAAAAGCUUACGCUUGGAAUCUACAAACGUGAACCAGACGACUUUGAGAAAAUCUCGGAUUCAAAAUCUCUCGCAAAACUGCUACAAGCCUCGGCCAGAAUUGAGGAGCUCAUAGUGACGAAUUUUUCUAAACUUCAGAUAGACUUUGACGCCUUUAAAUAUUUAAGGAAAAUAACAAUUUCCGGACGGUAUGGUUACCGUGGGGAAACGUUUAAUUUAGACGACCUUCUCACCCAACUCGUGACCUUACCGGAAGGUCAACUACGCUACUUCAAAAUCGCCGUUGAAAUGGUUCUUAGGGAAACGACACCAGAAGAAACACUGAUAUGUCUUCUUCAAAGGCAGCGCCAAAGAUUGGAAAAUUUGUAUCUUUCAUUAAACUCUUCACCGCAGCUGAAACUUAUAAAACUGCCGAGAUGCAUGCCAAAUUUGAAAAAGUUAUGGAUAAGUGCGGAUUACGAUAGGGCGACUGGGUCGGGUUCUUCAUGGGGGCUUAAAUUAGGCGCUCAGUUGGCGAAAGAGGGUGUGAAUUUUAUAGCUUCGUCUGAAAUAUUAGAAACGCUUAGGGUUGUACGCGAAGGGGCGAAAUGUAAUCGAGAAUCGUGUCGUACUUGUAGCGAUUCCUUGGUGUAUGGAGAAUGCCGUCAAAAUAAUUUUGGAAACGGAAAACAUUUGGGAUAGGAAUUGGUUUUUGCGCGAGUUUUUGUUGUGAAAAUUAGUUCUUUGACUGAUGAAUAAAUACUUGUGUAUGAAUUAUACUACACGGGAAACUACCCAGUGUACUGUGCAGGUCAGAGUUGAGUCGGUCGAACAUUUUUUGGGAUCCAUCCGAAAAAACAAUCCGAAUGUUUUGUUUGAAAAUAUCUAAACCGAGCCGAAUUAUUCGGCUCGCAUGGAUAUGUACUUUAUCCAAAAUUCAGAUAUCCACUCUGGUGCAGGCUAAGCUACAUAAAUUCAUCCAAAAACUCUUUUGACAAAUUUACAUACAGGUUAAAACAAGUUUUCUUUUAGCAUCACCCACAGUUGCUUUGGAAUCAAAUCGAAACAAAAUUUUUCCAAAUAAUUCAGUUCCUUGUAAUAUAUAAUUCCUCAAAAUUCUCGGAAAGGAUUAAACACAAAAAAUAAAUGUUCGGAGGAUGCUAUGUAAUUGUUCAAGUUCAUACAUAUAAAUACCAUGUACUACAGUCCCACCCUUUAUGAACGACCCAUGCACACUCCCUUUUACAUAUGUGCAUAUAUCCCUUCAGCAUAUACAUGUUACGUAUGACUUCCGUUACUCAAUUCAAUCCAUUUCAAUUAAAUAAUUCAGCAUAACAAUGGUUUUAUUAACCGCUUUGCAACAAAUGUGAAUGGCUUAAAAUUAUGUGUAAAAUUAAAUGUACAAUUUGCCAGAUUUAUUUCUUAACUUCAAUACGCAUUUUCUCCCGAUACCUACACUACGUUGCUUCUUACAUUAACGUACAUAAUACAGUUAGUACAUACAUACAUAUAAUGUAGAUACGAGAAAAUAGGCAAGAAAGCCUUGUUUUAUCUUUCUCGCAUUAACACGGGCUGAAUAAAUGGUCUACUGUUCCAUAUACACCACGAAAUUCAUGCCGUUUAGUACAAAAUCUAUUGAGAAGAUACAUAAUUGUAAAAUAUAUGCCCGUUGUCAUUACAUACUGGAAUAAAAAAUGAUCAAUUCUUCGACAAUGAG